CCCUGAAGGCAGCAUGUUGGACCGUCCAGCGCUGCAUUCUCGUGACGUCUAUUUUAUCCGACGCAGAUUCAGUUCGUGCCUGGAGGAUCAGAUAAGAUAUUAAAAACACACCUGUGGAGGAUGAACUUUAAACCUGGCUGGCUGCUGCUUCUAACCAUCUCUGCCGGGGUCUGGUCGGUGCCCAUAGAGCGCAAUGGAGGCAACCAGGAGCCUAAAGAGGAAGCGCCGGAGGAGAACAUGGACACUGGCCUGUACUACGACAGGUAUCUCAGAGAGGUGAUUGAGGUUUUGGAGACAGACCCUCACUUCAGAGAGAAACUGCAGACGGCGAACACAGAGGACAUCAAGGUUAACAUCCACUCACGCAGCUUCCUCCUUUACAUGCUAACAGACGUCUUGUCAUCCGCAUUUGUCGUUGUUAAACUCACCUGGAUGUCUUGUUUUCGCCGUCAGAACGGGCGCCUCAGUAAAGAGCUGGACCUGGUCAGUCACCAUGUCAGGACUCGGCUGGAUGAGUUGAAGCGUCAGGAGGUUUCUCGUCUGAGGAUGCUGCUAAAGGCCAAACUGGACAGCACCAACACUCAGAGCCUUCAGAUGGAUCACGCCUCUCUGCUGAAGCAGUUCGAACAUCUGGAUCCACACAAUCAAAACACUUUUGAGGCCAAAGACCUCGAGCUGCUGAUCUCUACGGCCACUAAAGACCUGGAGAACUACGAUGCUGAGCGCCACGAGGAGUUUAAACGCUAUGAGAUGCUGAAGGAGCACGAGAGGAGGGAAUACCUGAAGGGUCUGGACCAGGAGAAGAGGGAGAAGGAGGAGAAGAGGCUACAGGAGCUGAAGGACAAACACCGACAGCACCCUAAAGUUAACGUUCCGGGCAGUGUUGCUCAGCUGCGAGAAGUUUGGGAGGAGACAGAUGGACUGGAUCCUCAGGAGUUCAACCCCAAAACCUUCUUUAAACUGCAUGAUACAAAUGAAGAUGGUGUUUUAGAUGAGCAGGAAUUGGAGGCUCUCUUCACAAAGGAGCUGGAGAAAGUCUACGACCCAAAGAACGAGGAGGACGAUAUGAUGGAGAUGGAGGAAGAAAGGCUGAGGAUGAGGGAGCACGUCAUGAAAAACGUGGAUACAAAUAAAGACCGGCUCGUCAGCCUGGAGGAAUUCCUCAAAUCCACAGAGAAGAAGGAGUUCAAUAAUCCCAAAGAGUGGGAGACUCUGGACACCAAUCCGGUGUACACAGAGGAGGAGCUCCAGCGGUUUGAAGCCGAGCUCAGGGACAAAGAAGAGGAGCUGAAGAGGAGGGCGGAGACUCUACGUCAGGAGCAGGAGCUGCUGAAGGAGAGGGGAAAAGCUCUGGAGGCCCAGAGGAGAGAGUACCAGCAGGCAGUGCUAGAAAUGUCUCAGAGACAGAAAGAGCAGCAGGCAGCAGAUGGGCAGCCUCCUGCGGGUCCUAAUGGAGAACUACAGUUUCAAGCACAGACACAGAAGCCUGAUGAUAAAGAGGCAAAAGCUCCGGCUGAACCCGAAGUCCAGAAUAAUCUGCCCGCAGAGCCUCCACAGAAUCUGCCUUUACACACUUAAAGCACUCGAACAGCCUUAACACACACACAUACGCACACAUACGCACACAUACACACAUUCUGAGUUGCACUGACACAGAUAUCCAGAUGGGUUCUGCAAACUGAAUUAUGUGAAUACUGUGUGUAUAAAGUCCGACAGGCCGGCUUGUUUAUCAUAUUGUACUGUGUGCUCUAUUCUGUGGUCUACGUUAGAUUAAAGAUCUCAAAACAGCAGAUAUUAGUACAUGUAUUCUCAGAAAAUCUUCAGUUUCAGUGAAACUGUCAUUCAUGAAGGGUCUUCAGUGUGAAAUCGCAAACAUCCUCAAAUAAAGUCUUAAUUUAAAACCUCUAAA